UUAAAUGGUGGUUUUGUUAUGUGAUAGACACUAUGUUAACUGAAUAGUGGCAGCCAUGUGGCGGCUGCCGUCCAGAUUUUUACCAGCUGAGGAGUUUCUUAUACCGAGGAGAUUUUCCGCUGUUGCCGAAGAAUGUGUUUAUGAAAAAAUUGCCUCGACCAGUAUGAUUUGUCAUGCUACGCCCAGCGACUCUUAUCAGCUCAUAAACGCAGCUACUCAGCGAUUGGUAGCUCAGGGCAGCGGCCAGAUCCAACUGUGGCAGUUCCUGCUGGAGCUGCUUGGCGAUUCGUCAAAUGCCGGGUGCAUAGUGUGGGAAGGGGCGAACGGAGAGUUUAAGCUGACGGACCCGGACGAGGUGGCGCGAAGAUGGGGAGAAAGGAAGUCAAAGCCGAAUAUGAAUUAUGAUAAACUAAGCAGAGCUUUAAGAUAUUACUAUGACAAAAACAUAAUGUCCAAAAUCCAUGGAAAACGUUAUGCGUACAAAUUCGAUUUCCACGGUCUAAUGAUGGCUUGUCAGUCGCAAGUACAAGUGCCAGGCGAAUUGGCUCACUACAAAUACCAAGGACACCAAAGUGGGUUUACCGUGGCUAUGUUUUCGGCAAACCACGGCCAUAAUGGUAAGAUGCCAUCGAUGUUGCCCACGAUCACUCAGCAACAGCGGAUUUUCCAUUCGGCUUCCUAUUGGACUUGUUCUUCCGGAUGUCUUGGUCCCUGUGAACACUUUUAAUUAUUUAUUUCAUAGAAGCGUAAAAGUUAAAUAAAUAUGGA